AUGACUAACGACGUAUCCAAAAAGAAGGGGAAGAGUUCAACUGAGAAAAAAGCCAAAAGAAAAGCCAAAAGAAGAGAGACUUACGCGAUGUAUAUCUAUAAAGUUUUGAAACAGGUUCAUCCGGACACGGGGAUUUCGAGCAGAGCCAUGAGCAUCAUGAACUCCUUCGUCAAUGACCUGUUCGAGAGGAUUGCCACAGAAGCGUCCCGCCUGGCUCAGUACAACAAGCGCUCCACCAUCACCAGCAGAGAGGUGCAAACUGCGGUGAGGCUGCUGCUGCCCGGGGAGCUGGCUAAACACGCCGUGUCUGAGGGAACCAAGGCCGUCACCAAGUACACCAGCUCCAAGUGA